CGCAUGCGCAGACACGCAGGUCACCGCACCAUCCGCAGGAGCAGCAGCCGCCGCCGGGGACACGGGAGCUGUGUUGUUUAUUCCACACAAUAUAAACUUUUAUCCACAAUGUCGGGAUUUGACAGCAACCCUUUCGUGGACACAAUGGAUAUUGAGCCCUUCCAGGAUGCCUCAAUCACACAAGUCACCAGCGGAGCCUCUGAAAACACUGGGGAGUUCAACCCAUUCUCUGCAACUGACAUGGGAACCCACACUGGUACAACCAUCCCCAUCUCAGCUGCCUCCUCUCAACCCGCCAUCCUACCGACUUCUGUGGAGCAGAGCGCACAAGCUAAUGCAGUAGCUGGCCAGGCUAACCUGAUCAAACAGCAGGAGGAGCUGGAGAAGAAAGCUGCAGAGCUGGAGAGGAAGGAGCAGGAGAUACAGAACAGGGCUGCAGGCAGAGGGCUCAACACUGGCUCUAAAGAAAACAACUGGCCACCGCUUCCCAGUUUUUCCCCUGUAAAGCCGUGCUUCUAUCAGGACUUUGAGGAGGACAUCCCUGAAGAGUACCGCAGGAUCUGCAAGAGAAUGUACUACCUCUGGAUGUUCCACAGUGCCACUCUCUUCCUCAACGUGCUGGCCUGCCUGGCUUACUUCACUGCAGACGCUGAGUACGGGGUUGACUUCGGUCUGUCCAUCCUCUGGUUCAUCCUCUUCACCCCGGUGUCCUUCAUCUGCUGGUACCGGCCCGUCUACAAGGCCUUCAGGUCUGACAGCUCCUUCAGCUUCUUUUUCUUCUUUUUUGUCUUUUUCUUCCAAGUGGCAGUGUAUAUCAUCCAGACUGUGGGGAUCCCCAAGUGGGGAAACAGCGGAUGGAUCGCAUCCAUCAGCAUGAUCGGCAAAAACUUGGCUGUGGCUGUGGUUAUGAUGGUGGUGGCCGGUUUUUUCACAGUAAACUCUGUCCUGGCUGUCAUCCUACUGAAAAUGGUCCACUCUAAGUACAGAAGGACCGGGGCCAGCUUCACCAAGGCCCAGCAGGAGUUCUCCCACGGAGUCAUUACCAACCCCACUGUGCAGACUGCUGCCACCAGUGCUGCCACCUCUGCUGCACAGGGAGCCUUCAGCAGGAACCAGAGGAAUUAGAUUGCUUUUCACAUCCUUCAUGCUACAGGCUAGUCUCUUCUCUGACCAACAAAGCCAUGUCCUAACAUACUUCAACGGGUUUAGGGAAUGGGUGUAAUUAUUUAGUGAAGAGGGCAAAAACAAUCAACAUGAAGAAAAGUAUUGUCAUUUGAACAGCAGCCUAGUGAAGUGUCCCCGUUUUCCACUUUAAAUGGGCUAUGGUGUAAUACAGAACACAUUGGCAACUUCAACAUCACAAUAUAACCAACUUGAAUAAACUCAACAUUAUCUGACUAAAGAUAUAAACGUUAAAGUAUACGCAGUGCAAUAUGCAGCGUAUUAUUUAACCGGUCUGGGAUUUAGUGAUAACAUACAAUAAUUUAAAUCCUGUCACUGUUAAAUACGCUGGCGGAAAGUGAUAGGAUUUUUCUAUCUCACAAUUUUGUUUAGAAAUAACAUGCUGGGGCCUCAAAAAUCAACUUUAGAAGAGUUGGAAUUAUAUAAAACGUAUACUUGACCAGAGAAUGUUUAACCAUCAUUGAAUGAUGGAUUCACUUAGCUUGUAUGUAUGUAUGUAUACAUGUGUUUGCCAUUGCAGCAGCAUGUAGAGCUUUACGGAGUAACUGGUUUAUCAUUCUGCUUUAUGUGCAACCUUGAUACAUGCAGUACACAUAAUAUGACUGGAUGCCCGGCAAAAUGAGAUGCAUCCUGUUACUAUCUUACACUACUGAUGAAAACAGCUGCUGUUUGUACUAAAUGUUAUGUUUUCAUUUUUAUAACACUGUAAAAAAUGAUGGUUAAUGAAGGUGAAGGGAUGAAGGUUUUUCUUUUUACUGUUUUAAUCACUGGUCUUGAAGUGAGAAAAACAAGUUGUUUUUAGGGCAAAUUAAGUGGGAUUGCACAUUUUCAUUCAUGUUGAUUUAGGAAUACCAUUAUGUUUUCUUUCAUAGUAUGGAGCCUUUAAAAUUAAACAAAUGGUUCAGGUUU